AUGAAUAUAGCCUCCGCGGGAAGGGUCGUGGGCAGCGGCCCAAACUUUGACUUCAACGCCAGGCGCCCACGCCUGCCCGCGGCCGCCGCCGUCGACCGUCUGAGCCGUCAGACCUUCCUCGGGGAGUACCUUCGGAUCGAGGCGUACCCCAACGGGCCCGUUGGUCCGACCUACCCGGGCGCCGUGCGCCUUCCGGCGCUCGACUACGUCUACUUCAAUCCGAAGGUCGACGACCUCUCCCUGGGCUACCAGACGGGCCCCCCGGUCCUGCGCACGCAGGCCGAGAAAAAAGCCUUCCACGCCCCGGACCUGGGCACCCCGGACAACGCCCUCGUGAGGAAGGUCCGCGUCCUCGAGGAGGACUUUCUCUUCGCCAACGGCUUCGUCAACGUCGAGGGCUUUUGGGACGACAUGGACGACGAUGUGCCGGAGCUCUACCACGAGGGCCACAUGUACCCCAACCUCGAGCGGAUCCGCGUCACCCUCCUCGGCCUCUACGAGCCCUUCCUGCCGGCCAACUUCUCCAACGCCUUCGCCGUGCACUACUGCACCGCCAACGACGAGAUCUGGAUCGCCGAGAUCGAGGAGGAGGCGGAGGAGGAGAAGUACCGCUACUGCGACGCCCCGAACCGCCGCGGCCCGCGCAACCUGGUCAUCCGCAUCGACAUCGACCACAGCGAUAGAGUCGAGGAGGACGAGGACAGCGAGGAAGACGAGGAAGGCGCCGACGCCGAGGAUGCCGAGGAUGUCGAGGACGUCGAAGACUGGAGGAAGGAGCACGACUGGCAGCGCGUUCUGUCCAAGACCGCAAUCGAGUCCCUCGUCGACUGGGAGGUGAGACCCGAGAUGCAGUAUCGCCUUGUCUGGGACAUGGCCGAAAGAACCAUCACAGAUCGCCUCUGGAAGCCUCAGCCCGCCGCACCGACUGUCGCAGCCGGCAACGUUCAUCUCUUGUCGCUCCCGGCCACUACCGCCGCCGCCAAUAACAACAACUCGAACACCGUCCCGACUACUGACGACAACUAA